UAGCGCUGGUUUCGUCUUUGCAACAGUGAGUUUGCAUGGAGAAUGAGCAGAGGCGGUGCUCUCGGUAACGACAAGGAGUAUGUGUGUAUAUGCUUAGGAUGUUGACGGUACAUACUUUUCUUCACGGAUCCUCUAACGCUUUCAAAAACGCGAUGAGCUUUCUUUGGCGCAUUUAACUGCCGAGGAAAACUAGGAUUGCUACGAGCUAGACACGAGAACUUGAGAAGACAUCGCUGGGGGAGAGAGGGACUCCCGUCAGGAUCACGGAGCCGAGCCGAGACCCGAGACUCGUUCAGUGCCAAACGUGACGAACGCCAAGCGAUACGGUUCGUAGGUGGAGUGCAGAGAGCGAGAAAGAGAGAGAGAGAGAGAAAGAAAAAUCCUGAAGAUUUCUACGAGAAGUUGACGCGUGACAUCCGACGAUUGUGCACGCAUCAUCGUGACGCCAAACACGAGAAGUAAAUUUACGGUCCCGCGCCGAGCCGCCUCUCCGCGCGCAACCGUCCCGUAGCGAUAUUCACGUUUUCAGCCUCAGUCCUCGUUUCCCGCACUCUCCCCGAUUAUGUCAGUAAAUUGGAGAAUUACGACACGCCGUUUGUUUGGGAGCUAUUGCUGAGUAUCCUAAGCAAUGAGCUUCUCCCUGGAAUUGCCAGACAUAAUUUUAGAAGCAUAAUUGAAAGAGGAUAUAUGGAAUCAAAAUGGCACGCAGACGUAAAACCGAAGUAAAAGCAUCUGAGAAGUCAUCUCAUAAAUAUGUACCUGUACGCAAAUCUAGCCGACAAAUAGCUAAGAAACAAUUGGAAGAAAAAAAGAUAAAUGGAUAUAUUACGCAGAUAUCUUGCUCAAACAAUUCGGAAGACUCUAAGUCUACUAGCGAAGGUCAUAGCCAUCAAGUUCUUUCAAAGAAGAAUCAAAUGUCUCAGAAGAAACACAACAAACAUAAAGAAAAAAUUUCCAGUAACAGUGUAAUUAUAAAUAAUGAUAAUGCUGUAUACAGUGCUACUCAAUAUAAACAUGAUGUAAAUGAGAGUGAUAGUCAAGAUGAUAUGGAUAAUGCAAUUAAAAAUUCAGAAAAACUCAGUCCAGAGGAUGUGCAUCAGGUUGUUAUUGGUAAUCCAAGUUUGAGUAGUGAAUCCACAUCUGCGUCAACCAAAGUAGAACCAUGGCCAGAGGAUGUUGUAGAGGAAAUGAUAGUCUGUGAAGAGAUGCAGGUGGAGGAAAACAUUGCAGACAAUAGACAUGGUUAUUCCUUGACACAGGACAAUGUUGUAAUUGAAGAAGUAUUACUUGUAAAUGAACCUAAUCUAGAAAACAAGAAUUUUGUAGAAUUUACUGUGAUACAGAAUGAAAAUGGCGAUGAAUCCAUGGCAAUGGCAUCUAAGUUAGAAAAGAUUCCGAAUAAUGAAUAUCAUGCUGUUGGGAAAGAUGUUAAUAGUGUACAUAUGAACAAAUCAGAAAAUUCCAUAUCAGUCAUGCAUACAGAUGAAUCGGUAACUUUGUGCAGUAGUGGAAAUAGUAAUACUACAGAAUCUAAUAUAGAUAAACCUUAUAUCAACAAAAAGAAAAUGGUAUUGGAAGAAAGGAAUAGUAAAAAACAAAAGAGCAAGACAUUUUAUGAUAAAAUUAGAAAGGAAAUUUCAGAGUCAAUAUCUGAAAAAGUUCGAUUAUGUUCUAUUAAAGAUGAUUCUAGUUCUUCUAUGGAAGAAGAUAAUUCCAAGUGGAAGAGCAAGCUCUUACUAGAAAAAAAUAUGCAUGUAGAUUUGUCAAAAGAAGAUUCAUUUAAUAAAAUAGAUAACAAAUUGGCGGAUAUGCAGAUAAGUGAAUCUUCACAAGAGAUACAAAAAUUGGUGAAUGAUCUUUCUAAUGUAGAAAGUGCCGAUUCUCCAAUACAAACUCCUUUAAAUCUAGAAAAGCUAUCACCAGUUCAAUUAAAUAUCGAUGACGAAAGCAGUUCGUCAAUAUUAGAUAAAAUGGAACAAUUACAUUGCCCAAAUAAUUCUGUUAGUCCUCACAUUAAGGAGAUAUUCUCAAAAACGGCGGAACUCAACAAUAUUAUUAAAAAUCAAGAACAAAAUAUUUUAGAAUCCAAUUCUUGUAUUGAUAAACUUCAAUGUACAGAUCGAGUUUUAUUAAAGUCAAAAAUUACACAAGACAAGAAGAGUACGAGUCAGCAAAAGAAUUCAGAGCAUUUAACAACUACUGAUGAAUAUCAAGAUAGUGAGGGAGAUAACAGCAAAGUUGAUAAUGAAGAUAUGAAGUUGAGCAGCAGCAGUGAAAACAGUAAUGACACCUUAUUAUCAUUAACCAAUUACAAAGGACGAGAAUUUGAUAUAAAAAACACAAUUAAUAAUACAAGUGAUCUUGACAAAAAAAUUGAAUUUAGAAGUAAUGAAAGCAUUGAUAUAAGUUCUGAAAAAAAUAGUUCAAACAAUUCAGGUGUAAGACGAAGUAGUAGAAUUCGGUCUAUUGGAUUAAUGAAACAAAGAUCUCGCGGACGUGGCUUGGUUACAAAACCUAAUAUAGAUAGCUCAAAAGCUAUUCAACAAGAAAAAGAAAAAGUAGUUAAUAAUAUAAAUUCUUCAAUUAUUCAGGAAGUAAAAAUAGAUAACUCAGAGACUCAAUGUGAUAAGGAAAAUAGUUCUAACAAGGUCUCAACAUCGAUUGAUACUUUGACACCUAUAAAUAUUAGUUAUAAUGUGACAGGAUAUGAUUCUGAUUCUUCAAAGCCGGUUAAAGUAAAAUCUCGUUGGCGGAGAUCGAGUGAACUUGAAAUGGGUGGAUCAAACACAGGAUUUGGAUCUAUCAUUGCCCCUGUGUCAAUGAUUGGAUCAUCUAUUGUACUUCCUUCUGAACGUUAUGCACCAGUAAACAUAGGAGAAUCCACGUCAUCAGAAUCGAAACAUAAUGUUAUUAAUACAAAUGUAAAAGUUUGUACAGAAACAGAGCAAAGUAAAGAUGUACCAGUGAUAUCUAGUAAUGUUUCUACUGUUUCAACAGUAGCACAAAUUCCAAAAACUAUAGGAGCAAAGAUUUUGUUGCCGAUGGUUCUUGAAACAGAAGAUAGAGAAAUGGAAGAAAGACUGAGUCAGUUUGAACACUUGCAAGAAAAUUUAUAUCUUACUGAAAGAUAUACAAACAAGGAAACUAAAAGAAUGGUAUGUGAUUGUUUCUUAACGGAAGAAGAAAUUGAGAGAGGAGAACUCGGUUGUGGAGAAGAUUGCCUUAAUAGACUUCUCAUGAUAGAAUGUGGACCUAGAUGUGUAGUAGGUGAUAGAUGUACAAAUAGAAGAUUUCAAAAUUGUGACUAUGCCAAAUGCGAAGUUUUUCGAACAGAGAAGAAAGGUUUUGGGUUACGUGCUGUUGCUGACAUUAUGGCGGGUGAAUUUAUAAUGGAAUAUGUAGGUGAAGUUGUAGAUCCAAAGGAUUUUAGACGCCGGGCAAAAGAAUAUUCCAAAGAUAAAAACAGACAUUAUUAUUUUAUGGCGUUAAAAUCUGAUCAGAUUAUAGAUGCUACUAUGAAAGGAAAUAUAUCUCGAUUCAUUAAUCACAGCUGUGAUCCAAAUGCAGAAACGCAAAAAUGGACAGUAAACGGAGAAUUACGAAUAGGCUUUUUCAAUACAAAAUUUAUAGCAGCUGGCGAAGAAAUUACUUUUGAUUAUCAUUUUCAACGUUAUGGCAAAGAAGCUCAAAAGUGUUAUUGUGAGGCACAGAAUUGUCGAGGUUGGAUAGGCGAAACACCUGAAGAAGAAAAGGAGAAGAUUGAAAAGAAAGAAAAACGUUAUGAAAGAGAUACGAAAAAGAAGAAGGAAGAAAAGAAACCUGCUGAUUAUAUGGAGGAUGAAGACUUGGAGGAAGAAAUAGACAAGUUGUGUUCAGGUGGUUUGAAAAACCGUGCACAUACCUUAACAUUAAGUAGAUUGAUGGUUCGCAGCAGAGAAUUAGAACAUAGAACACGUUUAUUACGUGUCAUUCAAAGUGGUGAACAACCAUGUCGAAGAUUAUUCUUGGAUUAUCAUGGAUUACGUUUGAUUUGGAGUUACGUUAUGGACAUUGCCACAAACGAAUCGGAAGAAGCUCAACAAUUUCGCUUGGAAGUGUUGAAAACUUUAAGUACACUGCCAAUACCAAAUAAGACGAUGUUAAUGGAUAGCAAAGUCUAUAGUGUAGUUGAAAGGUGGUCGAAGAGAUUAUAUCUUUCUCCAAAUGUUGAUUCCCCAGAAGAUGAUCAGAUUAAAUCAAAGAUGAACUGUGAAGAGUUGAAUAGUAAUUCUGAUAACAGUGAAAAGAAAAGUCUUGAUGAACAUCUGAAUGACAUUCCAGAUAAAAGUAAUAAUAAUAUCGAAAAUUGUUUGGCAGUUUGCGAAAUUAAAUCAGAAAACACGGACCAAAAUCUUAUCCCUGAUUUAGCUUCCAGUAUUCUUGCUGAAUGGUCCAAUUUGAAAGAAGUUUUCAGAAUACCGAAAAAAGAAAGAAUUGAGCAGAUGAAGGAGCAUGAAAGAGAAGCAGAUCGAGGAUAUAAAGAAGAAUUGGAGAAGGAAGAAAAAAGAAGCACGUUGUCAUAUGAUAGGCAUAGAUCUGAUAGAUAUAAUCGGAAUGAAAUAGAUAAACGUGGCGAUAGAAGACGAGGACGAGAAUCUCCAGAAGCUGAUCAUAGUAGAACGAAAGAUAAAAGAAUAGAAGAACGGAGUCUAGUUCCUAUACCACGGCAAACAAUGACAAAGUAUGAACGUAGGCAAUUAUUUGCACUUAAAGUUGCGAAAGAAGAGGAGGAGAGACAACGUCGUCAACAACAAGAAUCCUGGCAGGAACAUGAAAACAGAUGUUUGGCAUUGGGUAUAGAUCCCCAUACUACUGCCAUGGUUGAUCCUCAAACUGGUUAUCCUGUUUUUUAUAAUCCAACUCUAGGCCAAUGGCAGCAUUAUUCUACUCAAGAUGGAGGAGAAGUAACGCAACCAUGCACUCCUGUAUAUGUGGGAAGUGCUCAAUCUACUGCUAUAAUAGGUCAGAAUUCUCAUAUAUUACCAUCAGGAAUGACAACUGACAUGUCGUCUGGAAUUACGACUGGCAUUCCACCUGGUGUACCGCCACCUGGUGUAGCUUAUUCGUUAAGUCAAACGUCUGUGUUCAAUCAAACAUCUUCCUACUCUUUGAUAUCACAUCCGCAACCAUACACCGAAGGGCAACUACCUCUUCCAAAUAAUCACCAAUUCUCUAAUCUUACGCCCGUGGAGAGCGUUACGAGUCGACCACAACCUGAAAUUUCAGCAAUAGAUUUGCCACCGAAAUGGAAGAGUGCGACGGACAGCAGAGGUAGAACGUACUAUUACCACGUGAAGGAAAGAAUAUCGCAAUGGUUACCCCCGCCACCCGAUCACAUCGGAGUACAGCCAGAUUCGUCAUCUACCUCGGAAUCUAGUGAGGAGUCUAGUUCAUCAAACGAGGAUGACGAAGAUAUUGAUGAUGAUCAUAAUGAUGAUCAAAGAAGUGAUGAUAUGGAGGCAAGUAGCGUUAUAACAGAGAGUCCUUUGAGCACAUCUAGGCCAAAUGUAUCUAAAAAAUUAGGUGGUCAUAAUCCAAUUGGAAGUUCACUGCCGUUUCCUGAAUCUAAGAAGAGAAGAGAUGGAUUGGUUCAAGAAAGAAUUAUUAGUCCACGUAGGGAAGAGGAUCGUAUUGAUCAUAAAGCAUAUAAAGAAAUAAAAGAAAAACUCCGGCGACAAAAAGAGAGGACAAAGCUGAAAGAUCAUGUUGAAAAGUUAAGGAAACAUAGACGAAGUAAUAAAUUGAAAUCUCAUUCGCGACAUGGAUUGAACAAGUUGCAAUCAACAUCAGCCGAAAUGUCUCCUUUGUCCGAAAGGAAAAUCAAGGAUACAUUUAGAAUAAACAUGGCUAAUGUGAUGGUUCACUUUUUAAAUCCGUAUAGGAAAAAUGACUGUAAGCAAGGGAGAAUAACCAAUACCGAAGAUUUCAAGCAUCUAGCUAGAAAGUUAACACAUUUUGUACUUGCAAAGGAAUUAAAACAUUGUAAAAGCGUGGAUGAGCUACAAUGUAAUGAUAACGUUAAACAUAAAGCAAGAGAUUUUGUACGUAAGUACAUGAGCAAGUUUGGAGCAGUGUAUCAGAAAAGUACAGACGAAGAUUAGUUGUAAUUUAAUAAAAAAUGGAAAAUUGUUAUUUAUUGCCUGAGCAUUUUGGCUAUAUUAUGAAAUAUAUUUAGAUAAAUAUAUUUAGGCUGUAGAUAUACAUUUAUAAUUGUAUUAUUGUAUUAUAAAAUAGAGACAAGUUUGUACAUGCGUGAUAAACGUUUUUUCAUGGUUUAGCAAUUAAUAAAAUUUUAGUCAAUUUUUAAUUUUCCCAAUUUUUAUUUUUUAAUUAUACAUUAUGUAUAAACUUGACACAUGUUCAUUUAUACAUGCCAACCACACAAUGUUGUAUCUUUUAUAAUGUUGUAUAUUGUAACUUAUAUGCCAAUACACACACACAAUGUAAAAAAUA